UCUUUUCCUCCCAAAUAAGCCUCAGGUUUGUUGUCCUGUCGGCUUUGGCGUCGGCGUCGGCCUUUUCCUUUCUCACCAGAGAAGAAGAGGAACAGAGCAUGCUCUCCCAGCUCCCCAGAUGGCCUCUUCCUCUACUCCUCUGAAGAAGAAUCGUUACAUCGUAACCACCCUUUUGUUCCUCGCGUUAUUCCUCUUCGCCAUUUUCCUCUUCAGCAAACGAGCUCUCGAGCCCACCACUCUCUUCGUCUACAGAUACAGAGAUCCCUUUGCCCAUCCCCCUCCUCUCUCUUCUUCACGAACCACUUCUAACCUUUCCUUUGCAUUCGAGCCCACUCCCUCUGUUUCUCCUCCAGAACCACUACACUCACCCAUUCACUCACCUAUCUCUCCCAUUUCUCAAAAGAACAGUUCCAACAGCAUCAAUGGCGAGCUCUCUGGUGAAGAUGGGGAGGACCCAGUUCAAAAAAAUGCAUCUUUUGGUACAAUGAAUGGUAAUGGCGGUGAUUUAUACUCGGAGGGAGUCCAAGAGUGUGAUUUAUAUAUGGGUACUUGGGUGAAAGAUGAAGGGUACCCAAUUUACACACCGGGUUCUUGCCCGUACGUUGAUGAGGCUUUUGAUUGCCAAAACAAUGGUAGGGGUGACUCCGACUAUCUCAAGUGGCGGUGGAAGCCAGACGGUUGUGAUCUUCCGAGGUUUAAUGCAACAGACUUCUUGGUGAGACUAAGAGGUAAAAGGCUGAUGCUGGUUGGAGAUUCCAUGAACCGGAACCAGUUUGAGUCAAUCCUAUGUCUCCUCCGAGAAGGGCUGCGUAAUAAGAGCAGAAUGCAUGAGAUCCAUGGCCACAAAAUAUCAAAAGGAAGAGGCUAUUUUGUCUUCAAAUUUGUGGACUACGACUGUACAGUGGAAUUUGUGAGGUCCCAUUUCCUUGUGAAGGAAGGUUUUCGUAUUAAUGGACAGGGGAACUCAAAUCCAACUCUAUCAAUAGAUCAAAUCGACAAGACAUCUAAACGUUGGAGGCGGGCUGACAUUCUUGUCUUUAAUACAGGCCAUUGGUGGACUCAUGGAAAAACUGCUCGGGGGAAAAAUUACUAUAAAGAAGGUGAUUAUCUCUAUCCAAAGUUUGACGCAGUUGAGGCCUAUAGAAGAGCUUUGAGGACCUGGGCAAAUUGGGUUGAUAAAAAUGUGAAUCCAAAGAAGCAGUUGGUCAUCUAUCGUGGAUACUCUUCUGCCCAUUUUAGAGGUGGAGAUUGGGACUCUGGCGGCUCAUGCAAUGGGGAAACAGGACCAGUCUUGAGUGGGGCCAUCCUGAAUAACUAUCCACAGAAAAUGAAGAUAGUGGAGGAGGUGGUCAAGGAGAUGCAGGUUCCAGUGAAACUGUUAAACGUGACAAGGCUGACUAAUUUCCGCAAGGAUGGCCACCCAUCAAUCUUUGGCAAGAAAGUUUCCACAAGGCGGCAGGAUUGCAGCCAUUGGUGCCUUCCUGGGGUCCCUGACGCAUGGAAUGAGCUUAUCUAUGCCACACUUCUUUUCAACACAUAAAAUCCCAUGACUUUUUCCUUGCAUAUUAUCUCUUCUUCUUUCUACAUUAUAUAUGUUUUUUUGGUUGAACAGCAGUCAAAAAAACGUGUAAGUUAAGAAAGAACCAUGAUGGAUUCCUUUUUUCUAUAAUUAUUAUUAUUAUUUUAUUUUUUAAAAUAAUCUUUUUCCCAUAGAA